UUCGAGUCUUCCACCUGAGAGUCGGACUCGGACUCUCGGAGCCAGCCAGGCAUGAGGAAAUGGUGCGCCGUCCGUACGCCUCCGCCGCCGCCACCGCAUCUAUGCAAUAAAAAUCCAAAUCCUCGGAUCCAAUCUCAAAUCAUCCGCGAAGCAAUUCUCUCGGCAACCUAGAUCGCCCGCAUCGCGUUCAAUUCGUCCCAGCAACCACCGCAAAGGAGAGCCUUGCUCCCAGCAACCACAGCAGAUCCGGCGAACAAGAUGCUCUGCCUCCCCUCCUCCUCCGCGUUCCGGCCGGCCGAUCCGGCGGCGCGUGGCGCCAUGGCUUCGCAGCAGCAGCGCCAGAGCUUUCCUCACGCCUCCACUGCAGCUCGAGGCAUGCUCAGCUUCUCCUCCGCCGUACCGUCCGGGCCGGCAGAUCCUGCGGCGCAGCAGCAGGACUUCCGCAUGCGGGAGUUCGACUACUUCGUCGUCGUCGACUUCGAGGCUACCUGUGAGAAGGAUUCGCGCAUCUACCCGCAGGAAAUCAUCGAAUUUCCUGCGGUCCUCGUCGACGCCGCCACCGGCGGCCUGCUCUCCUCGUUCCGCACCUAUGUGAAGCCGCGGCACCACCCGGUCCUCACCGCUUUCUGCUCCGAGCUGACGGGGAUUCAGCAAGAGCAGGUCGACGGCGGCGUGGAUCUUGCAACGGCGCUGGCCUUGCACGACAAGUGGCUGGCGGCGGCGGGCGUCGCCAAGAACCGUCUCGCCAUCGUCACCUGGGGUGAUUGGGACUGCCGGACGAUGCUGAAGUUCGAAUGCAAUUUCAAGAACAUCUCCAAGCCAUCGUAUUUCAACCAGUGGGUUAACCUCCGGAUCCCCUUCGAGACCGCGUUUGGCGCUGGGCGGCGCAACCUGCAAGAAGCUGUCCGGGAGGCGGGUCUGCAGUGGGAUGGCCGCCUCCACUGCGGGCUCGACGACGCCCGCAACACAGCGCGUCUCCUUGUCGAGCUGAUGCGGCGGGGAGUCCGUAUCUCCAUAACCGGCUCUCUGGUGCCACCGCCUCUGCCAGAGCCAGAGCCAGAGCCGGAGCAGGAGCCGGAACUCCAACAUCAGAGGCGGUGUGGUGACCACACCAGGACCAAUGCACGGACGAUUCUUCUUCGCUUGUGGGAACUGGACGCCGACAUGUCGUUUCUUCCUCUGGGCUGCCUGAUUGCCGGCCAUCUGGACUCCAUCGCAUCAUCGGCGUUAAGCCGCAGGUUUCUUCAUCGCCCAUCCAAUGGCAGGAAGCAACGCUGCAGAAAACAGAGUGGAACUGUUGGACCAGGAUCACAAUGCGGCCUAGUCAGAUGUAAGCAGAGGAGCAAAACAGCGCGAGGAUGAGAGAAAUGGCAUGGAGUUGAUCACCGGAGGGACGAGCUGCUUCUUCAAUCCUGUAUAUUGCUUUGAAUUUGAUCAAGUUUCCCCUUUCCCCAAUAAGCAGCCAGUUGAAAUUGUAUUCUGUAGUAUUGAGAUGGAAGAAGAGGCUAACACAGAGCACCAUGAUUCCAAUAUGGACGGAGGGGCCAAUUAGUAGCAGGAGAUGGUGCUUCUGUAAAAUUUUGCUUUGCAGGGACCAAUUACUGAUAACCUUGAUGGUGAAUUGUCUUUAAGGGAUAAGGAGAAGGAUCCUGAAGAGAAGAUGUCCCUGAAAAGCAGGGACCAAUUACUGAAGACCUUGAUGGUUAAUUGUCUGUAAGGGACAUGGAGAAGGAUUCUGAAGAGAAGAUGGCCAUCAAAAGCUUCACUCAAUUAUUGGCUGGACCAAUCAGUGAUGAUGUUUUUACUGGAGAUUUCGUUUUAUUUUAGCUACUCUGGUUUUGGUACGAGUCAUUUUGCCACAAAUCAUUGAUCUGCUCACAGGUGGAUAUAUAUGUUCAGUUUUCCUUUUUCCAUUUUGCAAGCAUCCUGGAAGCACGCUAGUUCUGUAUAUAUGUUUAGCUUCCAGUGAUGUGCCACCUGAAUGUUUGUGCUGAUAGCUGUGAUGAUUCAUCAGUGCAUUCUCUCUUGUAGCUGUGCUGAGAUCUUGACAUGACAUGGCUAUGAACUACUGUCAAAGUGUCAA